AUGACUUUCUAUGGUCCAGCAUUUCCCAAUGAGGCAAAUACGGAAACAUUAGCAGCUUCACGACAACGUUUUGGUAAUCGAAGUGCCAAUAUGUUUUUCGUACGUCCUGCACGACAUGCUGCUUGUCCAAGACGUUUGAAAUUUAUGCAUAAUAUUAAAACUGGUUUUAUUUCAUAUGUGGAAGAUUCUCCUUAUGUCAAUCGUGCACCACAUAGAACUACGAUUUCAACUUCAAAUGAUCUGGACAUGGAUAAGAGUAAUGGUUUUGGUCUUUAUAAUUCAGCUGAUGCAUGGCGUCAGGAAUUAUUAGAAUUGGCUCAACAAAUAAAAUCAACACUUACACCAGCUGAUGAACAAGAUCAACCAUUUCGUCAAUCUCGAACGGCACGUUUAAAUAGAAAUGUUCCAAAACGAAGUUCUAGUUCAGCAUCAAGUUAUAAUUUUGAUUCAGUAAAUGAUUCAAAUGCUUCGAAACGAUUAUUACAACGACGUCCAAGUCAACGUUCUCAACGACCACAAACAUCAAAACCAAAAACUCCUAAUGGAAAAGCUGAUCAAGACCAAAACGGUGGUGAUGAAACUCAAGAUCCUGGCAUAUGGUUAAUUCCAAUUCUUUGCUACAUUUUACAAACCGAUAAUAUAUUUGAAGCACAAAAUUGGCUUGUAAAUGCACAACCGACUGAAAAACGUUUAGCUAUGGAAUUGAUUAGUCGAACAAUGCAAGAUAUGCAAAAUUAUGAAGGUGAUUUUCAAACGGAUACUCAAAAUUUUGAUCUAUCAGCACCAACAAAUCCAAAUAAUGUUUAUUGGCCAUAUAAAUUAUGGCAAAAACAAGAAAAAGAUCGUCAACAACAACAAAUUCAAACAUUUAUGAAACAAUCGAAAUUAAAUUCGCAAUGUUCAUCAAAUGCGGAUAAUGGCGAUACAUGUGAACGAGCUACAUCACCACUUCGAAUGGUUUCACCACAUAAACGUUUAUUAACACAAUCAACAAAUAAUUCUGUUGCUCCCAUUGAAUUAACUGUUAUCGAACGAUCAUCAACACGAAAUUCAAAUGAUCGAGCAACACCAACAAUUAUUGUUCGAGAUAGUCAAAGUCGAAUGAUGGAUCGACCAACUAAUUCGGAAAGACGUCCAUCAUCAAGACUUACAACAGCAAGAAGUCAAUAUGGAUAUGAUCAUCCAUCUCGUCGUGGUCAUCGUAUACAAACAAGUACAAAUUAUUCUCCCAAUGAAAAUAUAAAUCCACCAUCACCACAAGCACGUGGCAAAACUCCACUUAUUUAA